AUGGGCCUGCCUGAGGAGUCACCCGGCUCCCCCGAGUCAUCGGUCCCCAUCAGAACUCCGGUGCCCAUCGUGUCGCCCAUAUCCCCCGAAUUGCCAGUGUCUCCGGGGCAUGUCGCGGAGCCGCCUGACAAGAACCUGUGGGUGCAAAUCUGCGAGGAGUAUGAAGCUGAGCUGCCUCCCUUUCCAGAGAAACACAAAGUCAAACAAGAAGCUGUGAUCAAUAGGAAAAGAACAAAAUUCAUUGCCUGUGAUUUUCUGACCGAGUGGUUAUACAAUCAUAAUCCAAAGAGAAUAGACGAGCCGUUCACAGAAUUCUUCUCCAUUCCAUUUGUGGCUGAGUGGCUAAAGUAUCACCCACGGCCACCAGUCCCACUCUCCCUCCUGCUGACGGAAGAGGAAGCAACGCUCAUCAUUCAGUCCUUCUGGAGAGGCUAUCUGGCUCGCCGCGAUCCUGAGAUUCAAGAAUUGCGUCAGUGGCAGAAGAAACUACGUGAGGACAAGCACAUUCGCCAGCGAGUCAAAAAUUUCUGGACCAAACAAGAAAAAAAAGGUCAGUUGCUUGAUUCACAGUCCUUAAUUGAUUCAGGAAAAGCCUGA